GGAACAGAACAAAGUGUUAGUCAGCUCAGGGGUUAGCGUAGACUGUCCAGAGUCCGCUAAUUUCCCCUUAUUAUUUAGUUAGUGUGAGUGUCCUGCUACAAGUAACACACCAUGACUGAAGUGUUUCAAUUCGGGGUGGUCCCCAUCACGUGUCAUGCAUGGAAUACUGAUAGGACCAAGGUGGCACUGAGCCUCAACAAUAAUGAGGUCAACAUCUACGGUCGGACUGGAACGGAGUGGAAACUUGAGGAGACUCUUCAAGGCCACGACCUAAGGGUGACCGGCAUUGACUGGGCCCCUAAAACGAACCGCAUUGUCACCUGUGGAGCUGAUCGCAAUGCUUAUGUAUGGACAUGUGGUGAAGACGGGAAGUGGAGUCCAACAUUGGUGCUCCUCCGUAUCAACCGUGCAGCGACAUGUGUGAAAUGGUCUCCAAAUGAAAAUAAAUUUGCUGUGGGAUCUGGAGCACGACUGAUCUCGGUGUGUUACUUCGAGCAGGAGAACAACUGGUGGGUGUCUAAGCACAUCAAGAAGCCCAUCCGUUCCACAAUCACCACUCUUGACUGGCAUCCCAACAACAUCCUCCUGGCCACAGGAGCUGCUGACUUCAAGGUGAGGAUUUUCUCUGCUUGGAUCAAGGAUAUUGAGCCAAAGCCAACCCCUACUCCAUGGGGUGCCAAAAUGCCCCUUGGUCAGUUGAUGACCGAAUUCUCUAACUCUACUGGAGGAGGUGGUUGGGUGCACAGUGUUAGUUUCUCUGCUGAUGGCAACCGAGUGUGCUGGGUUGGACAUGACUCCAGUCUUACGGUUGCUGAUGCUAGUAAGGAGAUGUCGAAGACCCAACUAAAGACCCAGUACCUGCCAUUUACUGCUGUGUCUUGGGUCUCUCUCAAUUCUCUAGUUGCAGUGGGUCACGGAUGUUGCCCGAUGCUGUACAGUGUGGAUGACAUUGGAAAGCUGACUUUUGUAACCAAGUUGGAUGUUGCACAAAAGAAGGAGACUGGAAGCCUUAGUGCCAUGAAGAAGUUCCAGUCUCUUGACCGCACUGCUCGCUCUGACCAGUCAGACACAACUCUGGCUACUGUCCACCAGAACACCAUUACUGGCUUGGCCAUCUUCUCUGGUGACAAGAGUGGAGCCAAUGCCAUUUCAACCUGUGGAGCAGACUCUCAACUUGUUAUCUGGAACUUUAAGUCCCUGGAGCAGUCCCUUGGAGAUCUACACAUGAACUAAGUCCAUGCUGAACAUGUGCCAUAUACAGUUUAUAAUCAGAUGUUGCUGUAUGGUCUUGCAGUCAAAGGAGAUGAUUUUAAAAAUGAAGGAAUAGCUGGAAAUAUUCAUGUAUGGUGAUUGUGUGAUUUUGUUUGAUUUUUGUAAAUUGAAUUUGGAACAAUCUUUUAUUUCCUAAUCCAGUUGUGACUCCAUUCCAAUUGCUUGAGAAUUUUUUACGAGUGAUUGUUUUUAAUAAAGUUGAUUUACUUAAAGGUAAAGUGAAGUGAUUAACUGUUAUUACAACAAGUACCUCCAUUGUUUGACCAGUGUUAAGUAAAGCAUUCCAAGUAAAAAAAUAAAUAAAAAGAGGAAAUUG